AUGUCAACAGUGACCUUGCGCAUUGGGACUCACCACAAAGGAGGGUUGCUACGUAGCGUGACAACAAACAAGCCAAGAGCAAAGGAUACUGCUAAGAGCAAUGCAACACUGCGGAGCCCUGACAUCGACUGGAGGACGUCGACGGUGGUCCUCAAGACAGGACCGCUGCGCCCGAACCUGUGCCGUGUGAAAAGAGUAGUAAAGAAGUCGGACAGGAAAAGCACUGUCGACAGAGUCGACAAGUGCUUACACAAGGCAAUCCUCAACGACAGCCACGUCGUUCUCGAAGAGGAGGGAGAGUGCAGUGAUGUCAUUCACUACGUCACAUCCUAA